AGGUGCUACGUCAGAGGGGUCCUUGCACGACAAUGUCGCUUCUUAAGGAAAGACAAGCGGAAUAACAACAUAGCACUGGGAAUAACAGCAUUUGUUAUUUAUUUGUGGGCUUCAAGCGUUGUAUUCCAGACUUUAGGUCCAGGAGAACUCUUUACAUAAAAUUUACAUAAUCGCCAAAUUUAUAUUACGCUGAACGUAGACAUUGUUUUCUGUGGACUAAGAUAGCUGCAUAACUGGCUUACAAUUCAGCUGGCUAAUUAGGAUUAGUUGCGGAAAUAAAGGAUGGCGGCGCCGGGCCAUAUAGAGGUGACCGUUAAGACUCUGGAUUCUCAGAGCAGAAGUUACACCGUUUCGGGACAGAUGACGGUGAGAGAGUUUAAGGAACACAUAGCUGCCUCUGUGGAGAUCCCUGUGGACAAGCAGAGGCUGAUCUACCAGGGCCGGGUGCUGCAGGAUGACAAGACACUGGCCGAGUACAAUGUGGAUGGGAAGGUCAUUCACCUGGUAGAGCGGGCCCCUCCUCAGACCUCACACCCGGGGGGUGGGGCCGGGGGUGUCCCUGGGACGGGAGGGACCACAGAGGGGGUGGGGUCCUCCUCCCACUCCUCCACCUCCACCGGCACCGGCCAGGGAGGUCCUCACGACCGCAACGCCAACAGCUACGUCAUGCUGGGAACCUUCAACCUGCCGGUCAACAUCAUGGACCCCCAGCAGAUACAGGUGUGUGUGUGUGUGUCGGUGGUAGGUGGCAGACUGCCCAGAGUCAGCAGCAGCACAGGAAGCAAUGGAAACGUGGACGUUCAUAUCAACGUGGACCAAUCACUGCAGAGUGAGCCCAGAAUGAGGCUCCUAUUGGCUGAGAACCUGCUAAGGGACAUUCAGGCUGUUCUGCACAGACUGGAGGGUCAGGCCAGUGAUGCUGCAGCCCAGCAGGAUCCUGCCUCCAGCUCUCCCUCUUCCUCAUCCCCCUCCUCUUCCUCCCAACCUAUGGACACCUCCCCCCCUCCACCCCCCCCACCCUCAACCUCCUCCUCCUCCACCCAGACGGGCCCCUCCCCCACUCCGGACCAAAGUAAGACCCCCCCUUCUCACCCCAGUCCUGACGACCUGGUGGAAGUGAUGUCAGAGAUGAGGCGCCUGGGGGAGGGGCUUCAGCCAUACCUGCAGCGAGCCCACGCCAUCCUGGGCACCGCGACAACAGCGGACUACAACAACAACACUCAGGAGAGAGAGGAAGACCAGCGCACUCUCAACCUGGUGGGGGAAGCCCUCCGUCUCCUGGGCAACGGCCUGGUUGCCCUGAGCGACCUGCGCUGUAACCUGGCGUCUCCCCCUCCCCGGCACCUGCACGUGGUUCGGCCCAUGUCCCACUACGCCUCCCCCGUGGUGCUGCCCGGUGGCGUGUCCCACAUCCCCGUCCCGAUUAGUCUGGGCACCACGGUGACCAUGACGACCAAUGGCAGGCAGGCAGGGGAGGGUCAGACCCAGCCCCCUCCGCCCUCUGGCCAAUCAGAGCAGCAGGGGCAGGCCCCGCCCCCUCAGCCUGGCUCAGCCAAUCAGCAGCCUGGCGGGGCGCCCACUACCCACAUGACCAUUACUCUAACUCUCUCUCUGACUCUCUCUCUGUCUGUCUCUCGCUGUCUCUCUCUCUCUCUCUCUGUAGGUCCCGCUCCUGCCAUACACGUCCCUGGUCUCCCCCCCGAGUUCAUGCAGGCCAUUGUGCACCAGAUCUCCCAGCAGGCCGUUGCCAUGGCUACAGCAGCCACGGCGGGGCAGCAGGCGGGGCAGCCGCCAGCCGGGGGCGUCGGCUCGAACCUGGGCGCCGACCCCACCUCAGCCCCGCCCCCUCCUCCCCCGCCACAGGCCAGGGUGGUCAUAACCCGCCCCUCGCUCUCCCCCAGAAUGCCCCCGCCCCCCAUGGGCCCCAGGGGGGCAACUAUCAACCUGAGGGCAGCAGUGCCCCCCUCUGCAGGGCAGCAGCCGGGGCCGGCCGGCCCCUUCCCCCCCUCUGCUCUGUCUCAGAUGAUCAGCGGUCUGAUGGGGCAGCUGCUGAUGCCGGGGAACAUGACCGAUCAGACCACAAGCUCCUCUUCCACCCAUACCUUUUCCUUUUCGUCCUCCUCUUCCUCCUCCUCCUCCUCCUCUUCCUCCUCCUCUUUCUCCACCUCGGCCCCUCCGCCCCCCUCCUCCGCCAACACCUCCGGCCAGACCUUCACUGGCACCACAAGCACCGCCUCCACCGGACACGCGGCUCCGCCCCCGGAUGCCCCGCCCCCAGAUGCCCCGCCCCCAGAGGCCUCGCCCGAGGGGAACCUGGCCCAGCUGCUGGGCUCCCUCCUGGGGGGCGUGGCCUCUGCUGGGGGGGCAGGAGGCACCCCCUCCAUCACGGUGACCCUGCCAGGGGUCCCCUCCUUCAUACAGGGCAUGGCUGAUUUCGUGCAGGCCAACCAGCCGGUCUUCGCCCCUCCCCCUGGGGGCCAGCAGCCUCCCCCCGCUCCUGGGGCCCCCUCUGCCCCACCCCCUCCCUCUGCCCCGCCCCCUCCCUCGGCCACGCCCGGGUCUGGCGGGGGGGAGGCCCUGAGCCCAGAGCUGUUCACGGGCAUCGUGCAGGGCGUGCUGUCCGCCAUGAUGGGGUCGCUGGGGGCGUCCCAGAACAACACCGAGAGCAUCGCCCAGUUCAUCCAGCGCCUGUCCCAAACCACCAACAUCUUCACUCCCGGGACUGGGGACGCCGUGGGCUUCUUUGGGGACCUGCUGUCCCUGGUGUGCCAGAGCUUCUCCAUGGUGGACAUGGUUCUGCUGCUGCAUGGACAGCACCAGCCUCUGACCCGGAUCCAACCGCAGCUCAACCAGUUCUUCACCGAACACUACCUGCACGGGCGUGAGCCCACUGAUGCCAACAUCGCUGCAGCAUCUGAGGAGCUCAUAAAUGAACUGGAGGAGUACAUCCAGGAGAGCUUUUCUACGGUGACGGUACGGGAGGGAGUGGACAUCACUCGGACCAACAUCUCCUUCCUGAGGCUGCAGUUCACACGCAUCGCUGCGCACAUCCUGCGCUGCACAGACCAGACGUUUGGGCCGCGGCUGCUGCUGCUGUGCACGCAGGGUCUGUUUGAGUGCCUGGCCCUCAACCUGUACUGCCUGAGAGGAGAGCAGAGAGCGCUGACUGCCGUCAUCAACCACCGCAUCAGGAGGAUGUCUGCGGAGGUAAACCCCAGCCUGGUCAACUGGCUCACCAGCAUGAUGUCUAUGAGACUCCACAUCAUACUGGAGCACAACCCGGUUACUGAGGACCAGAUCCAGCAUUACAUCAUCCACACACAGGGCGAGUCCACAGAGAGGACGGAGUCUGUGCCACAGGCAGAGGUGCAGAAUGUGGAGAUGGAGGAAACGCUCUCUCCUGCCCCGGCCACAACGGCGGAGGAGGCCAUGGCGUCGUCGCGGGAAACGGGGGAGCCGGGGGGGUCUGGGGACGCCCCUGCGCCCGCCCGGGAGACCAGGGGGGCCGUCGCCAUGGCAGCGGCAGGGAGGGAGGAGCCUGGGGGAGAGGCGGAGCCCUGGGCUGCAGCCCUUCCUCCUGAGUGGGGGCCCAUUAUAGCUCAGGACCUGCAGUAUCAGAGGAAGAUGAAGGCCCAGCCCCCCCUGUCUGAUGCGUACCUGCAGGGCAUGCCCGCCAAGCGCAGGAAGACUGUGCAGGGGGAGGGGCCUCCGCUCUCUCUCUCUGAGGCUGUGAACAGAGCGGCACGCUCAGCGGGCGUUCGACCUGUCACUUCCCCCGACAGCCUGCAGGAGGAGCUAGAGAGGCCAGAGCUGCAGGAGGCCUACACAGAGCAGGUAAAGAGUGACAUGCGAAAGAGGAUCAGGGAGGACCCAGACUUCAGCGUGCAGCGUUUCCCCAACACACACCGCGCUUUCUUCUCCGACGCCUAACCCCAUUGGCCGUCGCACGUGUCAAUCACUCUGACCUGCCCCAUCUUUCCGCCUCUGUGACUGAAAAUUGCUGCAGCUGACACGCGCUUGUGUUCCAGCGCCUACCCGCCUGUUCCGUGUCCCUGCCCCAUUUCCGCUUUCGUCAGAUGUACCCAGCGGUAGGCCUACCAGCUCAUUGGCUGGCGUUCCUGUCAGUCGUACAAUCAUCAUCACACAUCGGGCAGAAUUAAGACAGUGUGCAGCAGUAUUGGUAACCUGUCAGUCUCCCAUUCUUACUCCUGUUAUUGUGCCAGAAACGUCGCUCCCGCCCCUUUCUCUCUUUCGUUUGCCCUGAAUGGACAGCUAAGUGCAGGUCCGCGACGUGAAUGAGCCCGAAGCAUCUAUGAUGGAGCUGGAGGGAUGGGGGUGCGAGGAGAGGAAGAGAGUGAGAGUGAGCCGGAGAUGGAAAAGGACAGAGUGAAAGAACGAGAGAGAGAGGGGGAGGUAGGGCAUUAACCAAAUAAGAGAUCCUUUAUGAAAACGAUGAUGUCCUGCUCAUCAACCUGCCCAUCAGCUUCGCCCUGAUUGGCCAGCGUCAGGACUCCUGUUGCUAACCGAUCAUCAGGUUCACCGUGAUUGGUUUCGGGACUGCUGUUGAUAAGCACUCCUCAGAUUUGCCAUGAUUGGCCAGCGUCAGGACUCCUGUUGCUAAGCGUUUGUCAGGUUGGCCAAAUUCUGCUCUCCUUAAGAUCUUUUUUGUGACUCUUCCCACCAACCCCCACUGUACCAGGCUGUAGUUAUGAGUUCUGCCUGAGAAUGAAUAACCUGAAAACUGUACAGGGUCCUAAUAAGUAAACUAAUGAGUGAACAAAAAAACAUUAUGUCUGCAGGUAAAUGGUUAAUAGUAUUAUGGGAUUGGCAUCUGUCUGACUACUGAUUUAGCUUAAUUAUGCCAUUAGAGUCCCAGGUACAGGUGUACUGGUCAUUUAUGGUUUGUUUUUUUUUAGAUUAAUGACCGACAAAUUUGUUGGUAUUUCAAUUAAUUGCCAAGAUAAUGAAUGUUUUAGGUAAAUGGAAAAAGUGUCAACAUAAGCUGUAAUAUAGGGUGCAAUCAGAAAGAAGAGCCAUGUUUUUAAUGUUACUCCAGUAAGAAUGCGGCUGUUGUGUGGGCCGUAUUUGUUGUAAAAAGUUUGUUCUCUCUUUUGCUUAUUAUUAGAAACUACUCUCAAAUAAAGAUGUUUAAACUCCAAGUAA